AUGAGGAGAACUUCACCGUGGUUAUGUGCGGGAGAUUUCAAUGAGAUCACUCGGCAAUCAGAAAAAUUAGGGGGAAGAACCCGGCCACAUUCACAGAUGCAACUCUUUUGGGAUGCUCUUGAUGAUUGUAGUUUCAUGGAUUUGGGAUACGUGGGUUUCCCGUACACUUGGCAUAAACACUUUACAGAUUAUACAGUCUUUGAGAGACUUGACAGAGGUUUAGCCACCACAGAUUGGUUCACUAGAUUCCCGGGUACAAAAAUCCACCAUCUAGAUGUUACAACCUCUGACCACAAACCGUUGUGGAUAACUCCGGAAGGGAUGGAUUUGAGUUUCCACAAACCAUUUAGAUUUGAACAAAUGUGGCUUACGGAUGAAGGGUGCACUACUACAGUUGAGGCCGUGUGGAGGGAGAGAGUGGUAGACCCGUGGGACACCAGGGUUCUCAAUAAAAUAGAGAAGUGCGGAAGGGAGCUGACUCGGUGGAGUAAAAAAUGUUUUGGAAGUGUUAGAAGAGACCUUGAAAAAAAGCGUAAGCAACUCAAGCAGGUAGAAAAUGGGACAGCUCGGACUGGAAACUCAACCCGUAUGAAGUUGUUAGAAAGGGAAGUUAACCAGUUGCUUGAUAAGGAAGCAAAUAUGUGGGGCCAGCGCUUAAGAGUAAUGUGGCUUAGAGAUGGUGACCGUAAUACAAAAUUCUUUCACAGCAAAGCUUCACAACGUCGCCGACGGAAUUACAUUACUAAGUUACGAGAUGCCACGGGUAAUUGGUGUGGUGGGCAAGAACAAGUGAAUACUACUAUUCUUGAUUUCUACUAG